AUGUCUUUGCCAUCCAAACCAAUUGAAUCGAAGGGAGAUCAGAAAAUGGAAGACACCCAACCACACCUUGGUGUUCUGGAAGAGGAUGACGAGUUCGAGGAGUUUCAGGUGCAGGACUGGGACGAUUCUCAAACGGACUUGGCUCAUCUAAGCGGGGGUGCACCGGGCGCAGCGAAAUCGGGCGGUGACAAGCUGUGGGAGGAUAACUGGGAUGACGAUGAUAUUGAGGACGAGUUCAGUGUGCAGCUGAGAAACGAGCUGGUUAAAACGGGAAAGACGACCGAGCCGCAGCCGAUGCAGCACUAG